AUGAAGGGCUUCUUCAACCCCGGAGCCUUCAGGCUGUUCAAGCGCUUGGGACGACAGGCCUUGUUCAUUGGUCCCCCAGCGCUGGCCUUCUUCUACGUUAAGGACUGGGCUGAUGCCAAGUUCGAGCACUACAACCGGAAGGCAUAUCUCUUGAGCCCCGAGCACAAGCACGAGCACUAG